CUCAUCAUUAUUCUAGCUAGCAUCACACAGGUGCUUUUCCGACGGGAUACAAUAAUCCCUUGCAACCUGCACGGUCUCAAACAGAGUCCCGAGAACAGCAACGGUCGGUCGUCGAGAUCUGUCGCGUCACAGAAGAACCACACUACAACCGGACAGAAAAAACAACUCAAAACCUGUCAGACCAUCGGAGAAGUGAACUAAAACGAGCCUGAGAGAAAACGGGACCGUUGUUUUCAGAAGCAGCAGGGAGCCGAACCGGAGGAAAGAUGAUGAGUUUUCUGCCAUACUUCUCUGCUGAGACCUGGACCCUCCUGGCCCUCCUCAUCACCCUCAUUGUAGUGUAUGGGUACUGGCCCUAUGUGUGUUCACUAAGAUGGGUGUCCUGGUCCCAACCUCUACCUUACUUUGGCACAAUGAUGGAGUAUAAAAAGGGUUUCACUAACUUUGACACAGAGUGCUUUCAGAAGUACGGGAGAAUCUGGGGGAUCUAUGAUGGAGGCAGCCUGUUCUGUGCAUCAUGGACCAAAGCUGAUCAAGCCGUCCUGAUUAAAGAGUGUUACAACAUCUUCACCAACCGCAGGAACUUCAUGUUUCUGAAUGGCGAGCUGUUUGACGCGUUGUCCUUUGCCGAGGACGAUACAUGGAGACGGAUCCGCAGUGUCCUCUCACCUUCCUUUACCUCUGGACGACUAAAAAGAG